AUGCUUGAAGAAAAUGUUCCGAAUAAAUUUCUAUUACCUUCCAUCAAUCAUCUAUUGCGGCAUCGUUCCUUGGUUUUCCCUGUAUCUCUGGCUUUCCGUAGCUGUCUUCUUGCUUCCCAGUAUCUUUGGCUUUCCGUAAGCUGUCUUCUUGCUUCCCAGUAUCUCUGGCUUUCCGUCGUUAGGGCUGGACAUCGAAUCAGGUGGGUCUUCUCCAUUUCAGCUGGACAUCGAAUCAGUAUCUCUGGCUUUCCGUCCUUGUCUUUAGAGUGGGACACCGAAUCAGGUGGGUCUUCUCCAUUUCCUCUUGAUGAACACCGAAUCAGGUGGGUCUUCUCCAUUUCCUCCUGUAUAUAUCUUUGGCUUUCCGUCCUUGUCUUUAGAGCUGGACACCAAAUCAGCAACGGCUUCGAUUCUUGGCCAAAGUUAAACUCAGCAACGGCUUCGAUUCUUGGCCAGUCGGCAACGGCUUCGAUUCCUGGCCAGUCGGUUAUAUCGGAGAGUGCCAACUGUCCUUUACAUCGGGCGGUCUAUGCCUUGAAAAAUCGUUGUCCCCUUCUUAGCAAGUGCGUCAGCAAGCUCCCGGGUGAAACUCUCUUCGUCUUCAGUGUGGUAGUCUAUGGUCAGCUGAAAUAUAAGCACUCUUCGGGAGUCUAUGAAUUCCCCCACUAUUCCGUUGUGAUGGGGUGGUUGCUAGCUUCCUGUAGUGUCGCCUGCAUUCCUAUUGUUGCCCUCUAUCGGAUUAUUAAGGCUGAGGGUACACUUUGGCAGCGAUUGAAAGACCUCUGUCAGCCAAAUCUUACAACGGCAGCUUUGAUGAACCUUGAGGCAUUUGACGAAUUAGCACCAAAGACAGGUAAUAGCGUUGAUCAGGAGCUCUGUGUGACAACUGAGAUUGAAGUCAGCAAUACCAAGUUACCCGACAGCUGUCCACUCAAAAUGACCGAUUCCGGUACAAAAUCGUCUUAG